AUGGAUAAAGUAGAUAACAUUAUAUUAGAUGUUGAUAUAUCUCAAUUAGAAAUAGGCGAAACACAAACAGAAAUCCUUAAAAGCAAAGAAGAAAAAGAUGUUAAAUCUGCAGCUGAAUCAGAAAUUGUAAGACGAUCUUCUCGUAAAAAAAUUCUUCCAAUACAAACUGAAAAAAAGAGAGUAAUAUCGAAACCUAAGAGACUGUCUUCUAAUGGAACAAUAGACGCAAAUGUGAUUAAUUAUUAUUUAGAUAAAAAAAUAAAACGAUUUUCUUCAUCUUUAGAAACGAUAUUUGAACAACCAAAGUCUGAUGAACCGAACUCGAACCAGGAUCUUUAUAUGAGCAGACGAAAAUUUGUACGAACCCUACCUGCAAAGGAUAUAAAACUACCUAAGAAUAAAAAAAUUAAGAAACGUAACAUGAAAGUAAAAAAAAUAAAUAAGCGUAAAAAUCUUCCAAUGGAAAUGUUACUUAAAAAGUUAGCCAGUAUCGCAGGUGUAUAA